AUGACUUCUUUAACAACUUAUCAUAUGUUUUAUUUAAUCGAUACUUGUUGUGUGUCGACGUAUUUAUUUAUUUAUCAAGAAAUUAGCGACCUGAAAACAUUGGGACAACAGGACUGAAGCUAUCUCAUGGCUAAAGACAAACGACAAGAGAAGCCUCCAAAGAGGAAGACGUUGCCUCCAGCUGACAGAAAUGAUGUUUGUGAGGGAAAUAAUAAAGUAAAGCGGGUCAAAAGGGAAACGCAGGAAGUAGAGGAGGCUCCAGUUCAACUUCCAGAAGACACCAUUGCGGCGGAGGAAAAACAAGAGAAUAAAGCAAAACAAAAAACACCUGAAGCCAAGACGACAGAGGAGGUUCCAGCUCCACCAAAUGAUCCAGACGAGGAAGAGGACUUGAGCCCAGAGGAGAGGCGAGUUCUGGAGAGGAAGAUGAAAAAGAUCAGGAAAAAAGAGGAAAAGGCACAUCUGAGAGAACAGGGGAUUAUUCUACCUAAACCUAUAAUCAUUCCUCUGCCUUCCAAGGCUUCCAAGAUAGCCUUGGAUUACCUCACCUGCUGGGCUGAAAAUCGUGAAGGGUGGAAGUUCCAGAAAAUCCGACAGACGUGGUUACUCCAGCACAUGUUUGACUCUGAACAGGUUCCAGAUGAAAAGUUUUCUGUGAUGCUGGAGUACAUAGAAGGCCUGCGUGGUGGAGCAAGGGAGACCACAGUCCAGAAGGCCUUAGUCUUGGUGGAAGAAUCAGGACAAGAGGAUCCAGAUGUCCAGAAGAGGGCGCAAAGAGCUCGAGACGUUAUCCAGAUGCUUGCUUGAGUUUUCACUAUAGACUGAUGAGAUUGUCCGGAUUUUCUCAGAAGCUUUGACUUUUUUUUUUGUUUCUUUUAGUUAUACUAAUAAUUUCACUGUCAAUAACACAUAUUCAAUGUAAUUAAGUAUAGGUGGGUUUUUAGCCCAU